UGUAUCAAUUAUAUAUAUUUACAUACUUUGAGUGGGGUGUUGCACUAUCUUCUUCUUCUUCUUCCUUAAAGCGAUACGCAGAAAUAGAAUUGCAGGAAUGGAGAAUAUUAUUCGAAGACCAUCUCACGCCGGUUCAUGGUACACCGACAACCCUAAUAUACUAUCAGUGGAGCUUGAUGAGUGGCUUAGAGCAUCGGGCAUUGCUAAAUCUCCCGAAGUAAGAGGUGUAAUUGCACCUCAUGCAGGUUAUUCGUAUUCUGGCCGAGCUGCCGCCUACGCAUUUGGGAACAUCGACCCAGCAAACAUCUCAAGGGUUUUCCUUCUUGGCCCAUCUCAUCACCAUUACACUCCAAACUGUGCACUUUCAAAAGCAACAAUAUACAAGACGCCGCUAGGUGAUCUACCAAUUGAUCAAGAAGUAAAUGAGGAGCUUAAAGCUAGUGGGAAGUUUGAAUUAAUGGAUCUUCAGGUUGAUGAGGCUGAACACAGCAUGGAAAUGCAUCUACCAUACCUUGUUAAAGUAUUUAACGGAUAUACUGUGAAGAUUGUGCCUAUUCUGGUAGGUUCACUUAGCGCUGAAAGUGAAGCUACUUAUGGUCAAUUACUGGCUAAAUAUGUGGAUGAUCCUACCAAUUUCUUUUCCGUGUCUUCAGAUUUUUGUCACUGGGGUUCACGGUUCAACUUCAUGCGUUUUGAUAGAAAGCAUGGGGCCAUCUAUAAGUCCAUUGAGGCAAUGGAUAAGAUGGGAAUGGAAUUAAUCGAAACAGGAGAUCCAGAUGCAUUCAAGCAGUACCUUGCAGAGACACAAAAUACUAUUUGUGGGAGGCAUCCUAUCAGUGUUUUUCUCCAUAUGUUGAAGAAUUGCUCGACGAAGAUAAAGAUUGGGUUUCUUCGAUACGAACAGUCUAGCCAAUGCAAAGCUAUGAGGGACAGCAGUGUAAGUUAUGCAUCUGCUGCAGCCAAGAUUGUGAAUUGAUGCCACCCCCACUUCCAUUUAACAAAAUUACGAAAUAAAUAAAUUGAAUUCGGUAUGUGUUAUGCCAAUGGUUAUUUAUUUUUAUUUAUUUUUGUUCUUUCUUAAGAAGUGAUGCUGAGACUGUAUGGAUGGAUAUCUUCUGGCAUGAGCAACAAUUGGAUGUUUUUUUUUGUU